AUGGUCAGCAUAUUUACGGCUCUUCGACGUCUCAGCAAUUUGACAAAUGAAGAAAAGUGUUAUAACCCUAAAGACUCCACACUUAGAUUUGUCGAUCGGGAGGAUGAAAUGGAUUUUUUGUAUAUUGACUACAAGUCUCUCAGAGCUCUGAUGUCCUGUGGUCAUUCUGUCACUCCGAUGUCUCUCACUGACUGGUGUCGCAGGUUGUUGGAUCAGGGUAAGAGCAGAUUUGUGUGUGGUCAAGCUGACUGUAAUGCUGAAUGGUCCUUUGAGGAGGUUCGUAAAAUGGCUCUUCUGACUCCUGAAGAAAUGAAGGAGUUUCAAAAGAAAAUGUUCAACAACUCUAAGGAUUGUCCUGGCUGCAACUCUUCUGUGGAGAGAGCUGAUCUGAAUAAUCUGAGUGUCCUCUGCUCAGUGUGCACAGCUGAGAAAAAGAAAGUCUACAGAUUCUGCUGGCAGUGUUUGAGGGAAUGGAAAGGUCCAGCUCCACGUUCAGAUCGCUGUGAUAAUGAUGACUGCAUCAACGAGCCACUUGAAACACUGAGAAAGUGUCCAGAGAUCCCCUUUAAGGAUGUGAAGGGGGUCACUAGCUGUCCCUGCAUCCGAGCCUGUCCCACCUGUGGUCUACUGGUGGAGCACAGCAGCAAAGGAUGUAAAAACAUCAUCUGUCACCAGUGUCAUGUAGAGUUCUGCUUUGUGUGUCUAAAGGUCACUGUAGAGUGUUCGGUGGCAAGAUCAUGCAGUGUCGCCCCCAGACAGACCUCCAUACCUGUGUGGCAGAGGAGAUAAUUUCAAUAACACUAGACUGCUUCUGUUGAUGCAACACUGUGGUCUGUGUGUUUUGCUUGAAAGAAAAUGACAACAUAGGCCAUCAUCAUAAUCAUCAUCAUCAU